CUCUCACCAUUCUUCUCAUGCAGAUCAUAUAUUUGAAAAAGUAAACCCGGAGAUGGAAAAGCUGGGAUAUGAGUGCAAGUGCCUUGGAGGAGGGAAAAUUGAACAUAAUAGCAAAGACAAGAAAAUCAGGGUGUUUGGGCUCUCUACAGGCUAUGGCAAAGCAGAUCACUCGGUGACUGCAGAGAUACUGAAGAAAGAGUAUACAGAUUAUGAAAUUACAUGGUCAGAUGACAAGAAGUAAAUUGACUACUUACGAACACAACAAGCAGUUCAAAGCUGGUAACUGUGAGCUGUGCUUUGAUAAAUAAAAUUGAAUGUGUCUUCU